ACGUAUUAAGGAAGUGCUGCACUUUGUGACAAAAUGUCUGUUAGUCGACUAUGGCGAGGGUUCUCAUCGCGGUUGCCUAUCAACCAAACACUCCUAAGUUACAGAAGAACUUGGAGACAGCCUCAGAGAUGUAUCAUCAGCUAUAGCAAGACGGAUGGAGAGAUCCUCACAGUCAAACAGAUGAGGAAGAAAAUGGUGGAGUUUACUGGAGCACAGAAGCAGUGGAGUCUGGAUGGGAAGAAUGCAGACCGGUCAGCACUGUCCAGCCUCUUGGCCCAAGACCAGACGGGAUUGGAGCCCCGGAAGAUUUCCGACAGCUACGAUGAGAUCUGCAUCCCACUCUCUGACCCUGUCCAAAGAGACAAAUACAUGAACAUGUAUAACAGCAUCCGUAUUGGAAGGAUACUGGAAGACAUUGAUAUGUUUGGUGUGUGGUUAUGUUACAGACACAGCAAGCCAGCCAAAGCAAUAGAAGUUUCUCCUCUUGUGAUUGUGACUGGCCUUGUAGACAGAAUAGACAUGAGCACCAUUGACAUCAUACCUGACAAGGAUCUACGGCUGACUGGUCACGUGACCUGGGUCGGCAAAACAUCAAUAGAGGUCACCAUCAACCUUGAGCAGAUGAUUGACAGCUCAUAUUCUAAGAUCUUGGAGGCCAAGAUUGUCAAUGUUGCUAGGGAUCCUCUCAACAAAAGACCAGCCUUUAUCAACCCAUUGGUUGCUGAGUCAGAGGAAGAAUCAGAGGAACUGAUUGCAGGCAAUGCAAGGAAGGUAGCCAGACAGGAAAGGUCUAAGGCCUCACUGUUGAAGACCGCCCCCGUGACUGAGGAGCGAGAAAUCAUACACAAAAUGUUUGUGGAAUCACUACCUGUAGGGGCAUCGUCAUUCUCUCAUCGUAUCAAACCAGACAACGCUACAUGGAUGGAUGAAACCAAACUUAAGAAUGUCAUUAUCUGCUUCCCACAGGAGAGGAAUCUAUUUAACAAGAUCUUUGGAGGUUUCCUGAUGCGCCAAGCCCUGGAGCUAGCCUUUGCCAGUGCAACUCUACACUCCCAUGGCAGGAUUCGCAUAGCAGCCAUCGACAACAUUCUCUUCCAGAAACCAGUCGAAGUGGGGUCAUUCCUCUUCUUUCUGUCUGAGAUUGCGUAUACAGAGGGAUGUUACAUGGAAAUCAGAGUUCACUCUGAGGUCGUUGACCCCCGAACAGGAGAGCAUGAUACGACCAACGUCUUUCAUUUUACCAUUGUAACAGAGAAUCCGGUACCCCUAGUGUGGCCUAAGACAUAUGGUGAGUCCAUGCUUUACCUUGACGGAAGGAGGCGGUUCCUGGAGUACAAGCGCAUCAAUCAAGUGACCGACACAAGCACCGUUUCCCUGACCUUCUAACUGCCAAAGACUUGUUAGAGGCAUGUUUACAUUGUCUUCUGACUGCCAAAAACUCAUUAGAGGCGUGUUUACACUGUCUUCCUAGGAGGCAUGAUGUGUUCAGAUUGUAGAGAAAGAAAUCAAGGUUACCAGAACUGUCCAAAUGACUUUCAAACUGCCCGUAACUUGCAAAUGCAUGUUUGAGCAGUCUCACAAAUAUAUAUAAAGGGAUUGUGUGUUCACACUGUGCCAUUAUAAUUGUAAUCUGGAAGGAAACAUAGAAAGAUACCGGUUCGGUCCUGCUCUUUCCUUAUUAAUACCUCAGUGCUUGUACAGCGCACAUCAUUGGUGUAGCGUCUCUAUGCGCUUAGGCGCCACAGAUUUAUUCAACUGGCAUUCGGAAUGCAUUUGGAAUGCCCUUGUUAAUCUUUCUGGAAUGUAUCCGGAAUGCCCCCAUUCUAGCCACAUUCUCAAAAAAUCGAUGUGAUCUGCGCCUAUUGUCUAGAGAACAAAUGGGCAUUCAGGAAUGCAUUCUGGAAUGCCCCUUUGUUCUCUAGACAAUAGGCGCAGAUUGCAUCGAUUUUUUGAGAUUUGGGCGAUUAAAAAUCAUCCCGAGACGCUGGUGAUCAAUCAGAUAUGCGUGAUUUCUAAUGCCUGCCAAAGUGACUAUACCUCAUAGGGUCCGACAGCGCGGCGCACUUUUAGAAGGAAUAAGAAUCAUUUUUCUUUAUCUUUUUAAAACCGGGUAUAACAUUCAUUCUCUCAAAUUCUGAUUUUCUGAAGUUGAUAACAGUGAAAAGACGUUGUCUCCUAAUUGAAGGGAAAAAAUAUCUUGGAAUUACAUUUCAAUUUUCCAAUAAAAAAAAGUUACGAUCGCUUUAUUUCUUAACCGUUAAAAUGAAUUUUGACGCUACAAGCUGGUUUUAAUACAAAUAUUUUCCUGCUCGAAAAAAAAUUGCAUUUAUAUAAAAUAAAUUGUUGUCUUUUCAAAUUUCUGCCGACAUAGUGUUGGAAUAUGAAUAAGUAUCAUUUUUUAUAUAGACAGCGCAGUGCACCUCUUGAAGGAAAAAGAGUUAUUUUUAUUUAUCUUUUUAAACAAGGUAGAACAUUCGUUCUCUCAACUUCUAAUUUUCUGAAGUUGAUAACAGCGGAAACACGUCUCCUAAUUGAAGGAAAAAAAUAUCUUGGUAUUACGUUUCCAUUUUCCCAUAAAAAAGUUGCGGCCGCUUUAUUUCUUCCCCAGUAAAAUGAAUUUUGACGCUACGAAUAUUAAGGAAGACAAAUGUAAAAGGGAAAAAAAGGUGCUGGUAAUGCUUGACUAUUACUCACUCAUAUGAUGCAUAUUUCAUGCAUGAGUGAUUAAAAACAAUUUGAAGAGACGAUACCAAAAAGUUAUUUGGCGGGCGGUAUGUGAAUUUCAAAGGGAAAAUUAGAUUUCUAGAAAGUUCAUUUUCUGGCCUUUCAUAUGGCAACUCAAUCAGGAACAAUGAGCCAGGAAUAACACAGCUCUGUGUGUUUAAAGUAAUGCUUGCAUUUCCAUAAUUUUUCUCUGAUUUACUUAGCAGUCUCUUUAUGACACCAAGUUGUUUAUCACAUUAGUAUCAGCAGCUGGCUCAUGAAAAGAGUCAGAACCGGGUAUGUUUAUACUGUCUCUCAAAAAUGUGAUCAGGUAUAGUGUGCAUCCUUAGCCCCACGUCUCUGGAACAAACUCCCCUCGUUCCUAAUAAACAGUACUUCACUCGAUUUCUUUAAAAAACAACUGAAAACUUACCUGUACAACUCCUCUUAAACUGUUGAUAGUCUAAGAGAGCAGCAUCUUGUAUCCUCUGGAAAAGGCGCUAUAUAAAUCCAAUUAUUAUUAUUAUUAUACUCUGUGAUGAUAUCGUUUUAUGGAAGGUAACAUACCUGUUACUACUGUCUUAACAACUUGGCAGGAUUAAGAAGAAGCAUAUCUUUCUAAAACACUGUAAAGACCUAAUGUAUUCAGACUCUUUAACAAUAUCGUUUCAUGGAAGAAACAACCGGAAGUAGAAUGUAUGGUAGUCAGAUAGCUGCAAGUGACUCUUCUAGUUGAAGUGGUAUGUGACCUUCAAACUCUGAUUUGUGGUGGUAGUAUUCAAAACUCCUGAGCUCAUCUUGCCCCAGGAAGCCAACACUACAUUCUGCAGUCUAUACUUGCAUGAAUUUGAAGGAAUAUUGAAUAUUUAAAACUAUAUCUGUAUUAAAAAAUAAUUUUAAAAAAAUAAUUAAAAAAAAACAAAUUGAAGGGGAAAAGGCUUUAGGUGCUCAAAUAAACUCUCAAAUGUGGCAGCGUGCAUAUCAGGAAAAAAAUCCUUCAUUCCUAUGGAGAUUUUUGUCAAGUAUUCACAUUAAGAUUCUAUAAAAGGUUUGAUAGAACAUCAAAUAUCUGGCAGUACUGAAAACAAUAGGGGAAAAGAAGAAAAGAAGUAGAAAUAGAUGAAAAGCAGCUGAAAAUGUGAAUUCCCCAAAAAUACUGUGAUGCAUUUUUAUCUAUAGAUAAGUAUCUGUCAUUGCUGGUAUGUUUACAAAAGUAGACAUUUUAGUAUAAAGAUAGUGUUGUGAUUGCUUUAUAAUGGUAGUUGGUGAUGCUAAACUGGCGAUUGUGAGCUUUAGAUUGUUUUAUGGUAUAUUCAUGGUAUUUGAUUGAUGAAAUGUACUUUUUAAUUCGUUUUAUUACUGAUCAUAUAUUUUGAUCAAUUUUUGGUGAAAGGUUAAUUUGCCACUGCGGAAUUACGAUCUAUGCCAAGUCCAUCCUGCUAGAUGUAUAUUAUGAAAAAUGAAAUUAUUUUGUAAUUGAAUUAAUGAAAAAAGAUCAUAAUUAAGGAAACAUUGACAGAUAUAGCACAUAGAGAGAGAGAGAGAGAUAGAGUGAGUAAUUAAGUGAGUAACGAAGAACAAAAUUGUAGUGCAUAUAUACACUGUACAUGUGAUUUGAAGACAAAAUGAAGGCUGCAGUAGGCUAAUUUUGUUCUCAUAAUAUUUAUUGUCCAAUCUCAUGCUGCGUCUAAACUUGGAUUGAAACAAUUAAGAUAAUGUAGAUAUAAUAUAUCAUUUUGUUUCCUGUUAUGACAAUCUUGGUUAUUAUUACUCUAUUUUUACACUUUUAAAAUGUAUGAUAUAUUUAUGCAGUGUAUUUCGUUUCUAAGUGGUGCCUUUUUAUGUAAAAUGCAACAUAUGUAUUUCAUAGCUAUUAUACAUGGUUUGUACAUAAUACUAUUUCAGUAUUUAUUACUUAGAAAUCAAGUAUGCCAUUAGCACCUCUACUUUAUCUAUUUACUUUCUUUUACCAUGAAAAUUGGCUUCGUGUAUUCAUAAUUCAUAGGCGUGAAUUGCAAUUUCUCAAUAUUUAUAAUUGUAUUUCUUGCAAUACAAAAAUUAAAAAGAAUGUUUAAAUAGCUUAACUGUGCCUGAGCAUUGUAUUUUAUUCUGAACGGUUAUAUUUCUCACACAGGGAAGUUUCCUUGCACAACUUGUAGCAUGUUGUAAAGUAGAAGUCAUAGCAAUAUGAUCUAAAAUUGAUCACAGCAUUUUUCUACUGCAAUUAAAUGAAUCGAUUUUCCACCCCCUGGA